UAGUUARUUCGAAUUGUAUAUUAUWUGAGUAUAUAUGACUACGGAAAUAUUAUAAAAUACUCAUCCUGAAAUAUGCAGAAUAAUAAUUGUGAGUAUCUCUCGUUUGCGUACAAUACUCUCCGAUCAAUCGGUGUGUUUUCUUCGAGUGACUCGAAGAAAUGGACUCGGCGGGCUUUCAACUUUUAUCGGACAAUCUUUUUUAUCGUCUUGGUCUUGAUCACGUUUCUGAUGACGGUCCAGUUGUUUGUCGCCACCGACCUUACACUGUUGGCAAGCACCAUAGACAUUUGGACCCUGUUCUUCUCAGGAUUGUACAAAUGGUUUUAUAUGACGGUGUUCAACGAUAAAUUUUCUCAGCUCAAAACUGCACUGACGMAAAUACAAGCUCAAGGAUCAGUGGCGUACGGCCACUCAGCCAACGCGUUUACGGCCAACUACUUAAAGAAAACSCAAAAAAUCAGCUUUUGGUAUAUAUUCAGUGGUAUAGUCGCCGCUUUUUUCAGAAUUGUCAGCCCCUUGUUGACAUAUCCUAAAGGUGAUCGGUCUAAUUUUCAAUACUACAACGAUCCAAAAAGCUACCCGUUGAGCUGUUGGAUACCAUUCACGUUGGACGAAAAUUGGUUUAUAGUGGUUUUUGUCUGCCAUUCUAUUAUGUCGGUGUUAAUUGUAAUAGUAUACUUGGGUAUUGAUACAUAUUUGUUUGGCGCUAUUUAUGCUAUCGGUGGCCAAAUUGAAUUACUAAAGACAUCGCUAAAUAAUAACAAAAACACUUUAGAACAAUGUAAGUAUUACURUAUUAAUACAAAAGUAUUUAUGGAUAUUAAAAUCAAGUAA